AAUCAUUUUGUGUCGUCAUGCAAUCAGGAUUCAGAUAUUUUUUUGUUUCUUUCCCCUGCUGCUGCUGUUCGCUUUUGAUUAUUCUAUUCAUCUUUCUUCUCCAUGGCGGCUAUCUCCACGACCUUCUACCACCCACUAUGGAAUUACAAGAACAACCACCGGACAAAGAGACAAGCACCAAGCACAAGCAGACACGGCGUUAGAUCUAUGACAGUGAUUUCUUGUCGUAAACAGAAAUUACCGGAUGAGGAGGACCAAGGAGGAGUGAUACAGAGGACAGUUAGAAGGUUGAUUUCAGAGGUUGAGAAGUUCGGUAAGGAACUGAAGACAGGAGAGAAGAAGAAGAAGAAAGGAGAUGUGAAGGAUCUGAUGCUUAUGAGUCUCUCUUUUGCUGUUUAUGUUUACAUCUCUCAGCUUUUGGUUUGUGCUUACUUCUCUUGGCAACACCUCAGCUUCCCCAAUCCCUCUUGGUAGUAGCAAUUUACCCCAAUUCUUGAUUGGGUUUUGUAAAUCUUGCACAGAUCAUUAAUAAGAUUAAAAAAAGAUUCCAUUGCCAACAUCCAGAAAAAUUGAGAGUUAAUGGAUCUUUCACUUUGGUCUUUUUAUAGUUGAAUUGUUAAGAAUUGAGAGAGUUGUGUGUGAUCUCUCACUUUCAUAUCUCAAUCAGUAUGCUUUAACUCCGUGACGUUGAAAUA